CCCCCGUUAAUAUUGGGCCUGUGGAUGAGGCAUCCUGAGGGAGAAAAAAGUAGAGAGAGAGAGAAAAAGAUAUCUACCUUAGGGAAGAACCUCAGAGAGAGGGAGGGAAGGAGAGGACGGGUAGGAGCGUGUGUGCAUGUGUGUAAGAGACACUUAUUCUCUUAACUACUAGGAGACAGACACACUUUCCUGGCCCGACUCAAAGAAGGGGGGAAACAGGAGUAAGAUUUUUUUUUCAAUGUAAUUUUAAUUUUCCCCUCAUUCAACAAUCAAGCAGCCCUAAAGCCUCUCUUCCUGGAAACUCUUCACUCGUCUUUGCCUACUGGAAGUCCUAUGUAUUGAUUUGUCUGCCCUCUCACACUUACCUCAUGGAUUUGUACCUGAUUGGAUAUUUGAUGUGUGUGUGCUUGUCCAGCUCACGGGUGCUUGGAGGCUAUCCCAUCUGGUGGUCCCUGGCCCUCGGGCAGCAGUACUCGUCUCUGGGCUCCCAACCCAUCCUGUGCGGCUCCAUCCCCGGCCUGGUGCCGAAGCAGCUGCGCUUCUGCCGCAACUACAUCGAGAUCAUGCCCAGCGUGGCCGAGGGCGUCAAGCUGGGGAUCCAGGAGUGCCAGCACCAGUUCAGGGGCCGGCGCUGGAACUGCACCACCAUCAAGGACAGCCUGGCCAUCUUUGGCCCCGUCCUGGAUAAAGCCACCAGGGAGUCGGCGUUCGUGCACGCCAUCGCCUCGGCCGGCGUGGCCUUCGCCGUGACGCGCUCCUGCGCCGAGGGCACGUCCACCAUGUGCGGCUGCGACUCGCACCACAAGGGGCCGCCCGGCGAGGGCUGGAAGUGGGGCGGCUGCAGCGAGGACGCCGAGUUCGGCGUGCUGGUGUCCCGGGAGUUCGCCGACGCCAGGGAGAACCGGCCCGACGCCCGCUCGGCCAUGAACCGGCACAACAACGAGGCCGGACGCACGACCAUCCUGGACCACAUGCACCUGCGCUGCAAGUGCCACGGGCUGUCGGGGAGCUGCGAGGUGAAGACGUGCUGGUGGGCGCAGCCGGACUUCCGCCUGCUGGGAGACUACCUGAAGGACAAGUACGACAGCGCGUCCGAGAUGGUGGUGGAGAAGCACCGCGAGUCGCGCGGCUGGGUGGAGACGCUGCGGGUCAAGUACGCCUUCUUCAAGCACCCCACCGAGCGCGACCUGGUCUACUACGAGGGCUCGCCCAACUUCUGCGAGCCCAACUCGGAGACGGGCUCCUUCGGCACGCGCGACCGCGUGUGCAACGUGUCGUCGCACGGCAUCGAGGGCUGCGACCUGCUGUGCUGCGGCCGCGGCCACAACACGCGGACCGAGAUGCGCAAGGAGAAGUGCCACUGCAUCUUCCACUGGUGCUGCUACGUCAGCUGCCAGGAGUGCGUGCGCGUGUACGACGUGCACACGUGCAAGUGAGGGGGGGUGUGUGCCCCGACACGGACUGCUGGACCCCCCCCCCCCCCUCCUGCACGACCGCCCUGCUCUGCCCCACACACACACACACACACACACACACACACAGCACUAAGAAACCCACUCAGCAGCACAAUCAGAACCCUGCACUCGAGUCCGAAGCGACCAGAACCACUAGAAGCAGUCCUGCAACAGAGCAGAAAGUUGAACGAAGCUGGAGUUGCCCCCCCCCCACCCCUCGUCUUUAUUUAUUUCCCCUCCAUGCCGACGCAGAGCCUGUGGCAUGUACAGUAACACUUUUUACCUGUGACGUUAAUGCAGUACGAGUCGAACUAACACCUCACUUCCACAGCCGCUCCGGCUGCUUUCCCUUUUUUUUGCUUCAAACUAAACCAACCUCUACACUGUCACUGAAGGCGACGGCCCCCGGGAAACCAUCGCUUUGUAACUACUGAACUGAAAACAGGAGGCCCUGUUUUCCCGUCAACUACUGAGCUGAAGAAACCCUGGGUGUCGCCGGUCGCGCUGACUCCACGGCAGCGGUCGGACGUGAAGCCUGGAAGAUCUUUGCUGCAGCCUGAGUUUACAGCCCAGCAUUUCUGAAAUAUUAGCAGUGGGCUGGGACUGGAGGCAGGAGGGAGCAUGUGUGCGAACAAGCAUGCUCAUUCCACUAACAACCCUACAUGUGUACAUGCACGCAGGCUCCACACAGCAGCUGGGAGCAACGUGUGCAUUGUUUAAGCUAAAUGGCGCCACGUGACGCUGCUCAGACCACUGACAGAUUUGUGUUUUACCUAUAAAUCCUCCCAUCAGACGUCCAGUCCCAGUCAAGCUUCAGCAUGUUUAAUAGUAAUUCUGGUCUUUUGAGCAAAGUGAUUAUGUGGAGAUGUUUGUAUCUAACCCUUCACAGAUUCAUCAGGUCCAGUGUAAAAAGCAAACGACCACAUACACAUGUGGAGACCUGAUCUCAGUGGGUUCUGUUUGUAUUUACGGCUGAGUCAUCAACAUGUGUUCUUGUCAGAACCUCGUCCAACGUCUCAUGAACUAUGGAAAGUCCACCAGAAACUGCGUGUGUGAGUGUGAGCGUACCUGUGACUGAUUCAGGGACGGACGGCGGACGACGGGCUCUGCAGAACCAUGAAAAAGGCUGAGAGGAUUCCACACAUGUUCUGACAGUCCCACCUGCUUCCUAUCAAUUAUAUUCAACAACAGAAACACGUUACCCAGUAGUGUAUAGACAUAGCUUAGCGUCUGCAGCAUCACCCCCUCCUGGGCCUAUCUGUGUGUUCAGUGUCCAACUCCCUGCUCCUCCCGCUAUAUCCAAAGUUUUGUACAAAUGUUUUAAAGUGAAUAAUUCCCUUUUUAUUUUAUAAUCGUAAAUGUUAUGUUUUUAUAAAUAUUAUUUAUUAUACAAUGUAUAUAUCUGUAUGACUGAACUAAGAUUAUAUAUUUGAAGAACACAACGGUCUCGUGCUAUUUGCUUCUUAGCUACGCU